AUUAUAUACAUGGAAAUGAAUAAAAUAGUCUAGAAAAAGGUCUAAUAUGGAGAUAAAAUGUAUAAAAAGCAACAGUGAAAUUUUGAGCGAGUUUGAACGGCGGGAAGAGGCCUAUCAACAAGUUUUAUUGGAACAACAAGAGCAACAAGUGGAGCUUAUUGAGCGAAAAAAAGAGGAACUCUAUCGUCUAAAUAGAAUACAGAAGCUCAGAUCAUCAGGUAUAGAUGGAUCGAUUGAAGUUUAUGGGAUGGGAUAUUCAGGAUAUGGUAAUGGAUGGACAGGAAUUAAACCUCGAAUGAUGUACCCUCGUGAACAAAGAGCAAUGAAAAAUAAGGCUAGAAGAAUCAAGAUUGCAAGAGAAGCUAUAAUACAUCAAUCAGAAUGUCCAGAAUUAUUAGUACCAGUGCGUAUUGAUGUGAAUUCGGAUAGAUAUCGAUUGCGGGAUACAUUUACAUGGAAUAUGUAUGAAAUGUGUAUUUCACCAGAACAAUUUGCAGAAGUAUUAUGUGAGGAUUUUAGUUUACCACCUCAUCCAUAUUUUGCAACAUCAAUUGCAAAAUGUAUUACGGAUCAGGUGAAUGAAUAUCAACAUCAUUUUAUGAAUGAAGCUUUACAAGGUUCAGAAAUGUCAGAAGAAUUUUUGGAUAGGAAUAUACCAUAUACGAGGUAUAAAGAUGAUGAUAUGAGAAUUCAAGUCAAGUUGGAUAUUAUUAUUGCGCAAUACAAUUUAGUUGAUACAUUUGAAUGGGAUAUUAAUAAUCCAUAUAAUGAUCCAGAAGUUUUUGCAGAAAGAAUGUGUUUAGAUCUGGCAUUAACAGGGGAAUUCAAAACGGCAAUUGCUCAUUCUAUCAGAGAACAAGCACAAAUGUAUACGAAAUCAUUAUUUCUAGUUGGAUACACUUUUGACGGUAAGCCAAUUGAAGAUGAAGAUAUCAAAACUAUGAUAUUACCUACGGUUUCAUGUAUAUUUCGACCUUUGGAAAUGUUAAAUGAAUAUUCACCUGUUUUAUAUGAACUUUCUGAAUCCGAACUAGAAAAACAAAAUAAAGAGAAUGAACGUGAUGCUCGUCGUAAAAGACGACAAAUUCGAGCUCGUCGAGGUAUACAAUUGCCCGAAUUUAACGAACGUCCUAGAACACAAAGAACACCCGUUGUACAUAGUGUCUUGGUUCCGGAAAACUUUUACAUUGAUCAAUAUGGAAUUAAUAAAGCCUUAAUUCCUGGCUUAAAUGAUGAUGAUUUUGAUCUUUCAUUAAACGAAAAACAACGUUCACCUUUACUUUCUCGUGAUACUCGAACUAAAAAUUCUACACAACAAAACCUUUAUUCUCCUUCAAUCAGUCCUUCUUUACCUCAACGACUUGUUUUAAAAUUCAAAAUACCUCGUUUAAAGGAUUUUUUGGCAAAUAUGUUGGAUAACAAAUCUCAUCUAUCUCCUUCAAUUGGUUCUCUUCCUCUUCCUCAAUGGCUUGUUAUUGCUUUAGAUAACCUUCGUCAACGCUAUCCUAACGAUCUUUUUGAAGGUUUUGUUCGACAUGGUAACGAUCCUUCUGAUACUGUUGUACGCAUUCGUUGUAAUGAUUGUCCUGGAAAAUUGUACAUUCCUGGGCCUUCUUCAACUGUUGAAAAUUUUGAGAUUCAUUUAAAAAAUCGUUAUCACCGUAUUCGAGUUGAGCAAAGGUUAAGAAACACUUUAUCAUGAUACAACCUCCUCUUAUUUCAAUCUGACGCACUCAAUACUCUUAA